UACCAGUUUCUUUUUAUUUUAUAGUUACCGCUCUGUUACAUUCUACAAUUGCCCUUCCCAUUGAGAGUGUAACUAUUAUAAAAGUAUGAGAAAAAGAAAAAGCUACUUGGCUAAUCAGCAAAUUAUCUUCCAUCAACUCUUUCGAAGAUUUAAAAAUCUACCUAGACCUCUUCAGUUUGCUUUUACUUUAAGCUUAGGUACAUCAGCCCUUAUCUAUGCAUCAGUGAUGUUGUGGUAUUUUUCCAAUGAUCUAACCAAUCCUACUUUUCUUGGUAUGGACAAAUGUAAUGCAUGUUAUGGAAAAAAGCUUUGUCGAUCAUUCUUAAGAGGUGAUUUUGUUCUAAAGGGAGUGUCUGGAGUUCGGGUAUUUGACCAUGUCAACAUUCAGAACGUUUUUUACGCUGUUGCAAAUAAUAGCAUUCCAGUAGUUCUGAAAAAACUAGCUCAUAAUUCGGAAUUUAGAGACAUUGAUACAAAAAUAUGCACAUUAUCAGGAUUAAGAUAUAACUGUGAUCUGGAUUUAGCUUUAUCCCGUUCUAAACCUUACAAUGAGCCUCAACUAACAACUUAUUCUUUAGAAAACUAUUUUACACGAAGCAUGCCAUGCAUGUCUCAAAGGUUAUUGGACUAUCUGCAACAACAUUACGAUGACGAUUUAACAGACUUUAGAGUCUAUAAGGAUGCAAGGAAAAGGUUUAUUUAUACCUUUUCAGUUAAUCCAGAACCUUUAAUUAUCAAGGCGUUCCCGUAUACCAAAGGAUAUCCCUUUCCAAAAGCAUACGGUGCCUGCGGAAGAUAUUUAGUAACAGAAAACGCUGGUACCCGUUUAGCAGACUACUACAAUGCACAUUGGAUUAAAAGAAUUGAUAUAGCAUGGCAAUUAAUGAAAAUUGCUGAUAAAUUUACCAAAGGAUCAAGUGAGAAUUUCAAAUUCUACUGGACAGAUUGUUCCUACGAGAAUAUAUUUAUUAAUAACAAAGGAAAGGUUGUUAUUGUUGAUCUUGAAGAUAUCAUUAUAAUUGAUACAGCAAAGAUUGAGAGAGAAAAGAAGGCAGGUGAUUUUGAUACAAAGUAUAGUCUAAAAUUCACUGAAUGUAAAUCUGGAUAUGGAGAUUGUGUUGAAUAUUCAACUGAAUCUUUAUGUACGCAAAAAGAAGCGGAUUUAAAUUAUUAUGUUAUUUGUAGAAAUCUCUUGUCCUCUUAUGCAAAUCAUCACCUCAAACCACGUGGUUUCUUACACGAUCUACCCUCGAAUAUUGAGCAAGAGUAUAAAAUCAAAGGAUUACUUGAAGAUUGCGCUAAUCCAACAAAGCCUAAUGAAAGAUGGAUAAUCAAAGACAAAAUUUUACAAGUGCUAAAGGAAAUUAAGGAUAAACAUGUUUAAUUAUCUUACGCCAACACAAUUUUACGUGAAAUACAAAGACAAUUCGUAUUUUACUCACAUUUUCUACACAGUUUUCUUGCAUUGUCUUUCCUCUUAUGAAAUGUUUAUUUUUAGCAUUUUAUUUACUGUGAUAUUAUUACUCACUUUGAUAGUAUUAAAUUGUUUUUGCAAAUGAAUAGUAGUUUAAAUACUGUAAAAGUAACUUUUUUAGUAAAAUAAAAUAUUUGAAUGCCGAAAAAGUAAGGCUCCCCGGCAUAUUGAGC